AUGCACAAUCCUUUUCACCCCGAACCCGCGCCACCAGGCUUUGCGACAGGAAAGAUCGUACCGGAGGAACGAGCCUCCAUUCUUUCCCGGAUCGUGUUUCAUUGGCUCACUCCGCUCCUACAAGUUGGAUUUUCUCGGCCGUUGGAAAAAGAAGACUUAUGGGAGUUGACGCCUUCAACCCUUUCGACAUCACUGGCCCGGCGUGUGGAGACGGAAUUCUACUCUCGAUGCCCUCCAGAGAAGAGACCUGCCUUCUUAAGGGACUUACAGCCUAAACAAGGGCCGCCCAAGACAGACGAAUCACUGUUCAAAGCUUUGCACCGUGCCUUUCUCAUUCGGUGGUGGGUUUCUGGUGUCUUUUACUUGAUUGGGGAGACCCUGAGAACAACUACUCCACUCGUUACAAAGGUUUUCCUGACCUGGCUGACGGAGUCGUACCUAUAUCACCAGCUGUCCCAAGCCUCUAGGGAUGCACUUGGGUUGGAGCGACCAAAGGGAAUCGGAUUCGGCAUUGGAUUGGCGUUUGCCAUUUUCGCAAUGCAGCGUAAGUCCAUGGUCUUCACUAAUCAUUUCUACAUGAUGGCGAUGACGAAUGGACUGCGCGUGCGGUCUGCACUUGUUGGCAACAUCUUUCGGAAAUCUCUCCGCCUAUCCGGACGUGCGCGAGCGCAACAUGGUGUUGGUCAAAUUACCACCAUGAUAUCCACUGAUUCAGAGCGAUUGGAUGCAUUCUCGUCAACUGCUCAUGGACUUUGGGUUGCUCCUAUACAGUUAAUCCUUUGCAUUGGUCUCCUCAUCGGGAACUUAGGGUAUUCUGCACUUGUCGGCCUGGGCGUUCUCAUCUUUGGAAUGAUACCCCAAGGAUUCCUCGCGGCGAUCAUCUUCAAGCAACGCCAGAAUGGAGUAAAAUUCACUGAUGCUAGGAUGAGGUUGACUACCGAGGUUCUCCAGGGGAUACGUAUACUCAAGGCCUAUGGAUGGGAAACGUUCUAUGCUCAUCAGAUUGAGAAAUGGAGGCGCAAAGAGAUCAAGACACUGAAGAUCUCAGCGGCGGCGACUUCAGGCCUCAUUGCUCUAGUGGGAGUUAUCCCAAUUCUUUCCGCUAUCCUCUCGUUUAUUACAUACGCUUUAACCAACCACGAUCUGAACAUCGCCGUAAUCUUCAGCUCGCUCCAGCUUUUCAAUGUAAUUCUCGUACCUAUGGCCACGUUCCCCAUUGUUCUUGGUUCCCUUUCGGGUGCGAUAGUUGCUCUUAACCGCAUAUCAACUUUUCUGCUUGCGGAGGAGCUUCCUGAGCCUUAUCCUAUCGACGUGAACAGCAAGUAUGCAGUCGAUGUCGACGGGGAUUUCACUUGGGAAGUUACAGAAGGGGUAGAAGAGAAGUUUUCCCAUCCGAAAGAAGGUUCAGAAUCAAACGAGGAGAAGGUCAACUCCAUGAAAGAUGUCAAGCAGAACGAAAACGACCGGGUCUUGCCUGUUAUUGCCCCUGAUGGCGACGAGAAGGGAAAUAACGUCGCCGGAGAGGAAGAGGAUAAAGCACCGUAUAUUCUGAAGGGUCUCAAGAUGCAGAUUGAACGAGGUCAAUUCGUUGCUAUCGUCGGCCGUGUUGGCUCUGGUAAAAGUUCGGUAUUGCAGGCAUUAAUUGGAGAGAUGCGUAAGACAAGCGGAUCAGUUACUCUCGGAGGAACGAUAUCGUACGUUCCACAGCGUCCUUGGAUUCGCAAUGCCACCGUUCGCGAGAAUAUAUUGUUUGGCCAGCCUGCGGACGAAGUUCGAUUGCGUCAGGUUAUUCAAGCUUGCAGUCUGGACCACGACUUGACCAUCCUCCCCCAAGGCGAGGAGACCGAAAUUGGAGAGAAAGGCAUCAACUUGAGUGGUGGUCAGAAGGCACGCGUUUCACUUGCUCGGGCUGCUUAUUCCGAUACAGAUAUCGCGAUUCUUGAUGACCCCAUCUCCGCUGUCGACGCCCACGUCGGCAAGGCCAUACUCGAGAAUUGUCUUCUAUCAGGUCCACUCGCUAGUCGUACCCGUAUUCUCGUCACACACGCCCUUCACGUCUUACCCAAAGUCGAUUACAUCUACGUCGUCGAAAAUGGGCAGAUCGCUGAGCAGGGGACAUACGCAGAUCUUGUAGAAAGCAAUAUUGCAUUCGCCCGCGUACUUGAAGAAUUCGGUUCUCAAGGAAAUGAACUAGGGGUGCCAGGGCAAGCCAGCUGGAAACUCACUCAAGCUUCGGAGGGAAAAUCGCAGGGUGGACCGCUUGACUCCCCCUCCCAGUUGAUGCAAGACGAGGAGCGAGUCACUGGGGCCGUUACUUGGGAAACCUAUUCGAAAUAUUUCCGUUACGGCGGAGGCAUCUUAUGGGUGCCUCUGAUUGUUAUCUUGCUCAUCGUGGACCAAUGUCUCUUCGUUGCAACCUCAUUGUUCCUUAGCUUUUGGACAUCAAACACUAUCCCAGGAUUCACUCAAGCGAAUUACAUGACGGUGUAUGGCCUUCUCGGAGUAGGCAACGCACUUGCUUCUUUCUCUGUCGCGUUGUCGUUCUUCCUGACAGGGCUGAUAGCUGGCUUUAAUCUCUUCCGUAAGGCAUUGGCCUCGGUAUUGAAGUCUCCAACAGCCUUCUUUGACACGACUCCGAUGGGUCGUGUUUUGACUCGGUUCUCCAAGGAUCAAGAUGUCCUCGAUAGUAAACUGCCUGCAGUUUUGUACUCCUUCAUGGCUACCAUAAUGUCUAUGUUCGGAACCGCUGGCCUGGUCUUCUAUACUUUCCCCUAUCUGGGGAUAAUGUUUGCGCCAAUGGCAGUCAUUUAUUAUGUGAUUGCCAAGUACUACAGAAGGACAUCGAUUGAAACCAAACGUUUGGAUUCUUUGAUGCGCUCCAGGCUUUACGCGUCUUAUUCUGAGGCCCUGACGGGCUUGCCCACCAUCAGAGCCCAUAGGAUUCAGAAAUCAUCAAUCGACGCAACUGAGCAUGACCUCGACAUGCAGAACCGUGCUUACUAUGUAACACUUAGUAUCCAACGAUGGUUGGCUAUUCGUUUGGAUCUUUCAGCGAAUAUCCUCAUCCUUGGCAUCUCGCUAUUCGGGGCUGGGUUCCGUGAGACGAUAGACCCGUCAAAAGUCGCCCUCGUGUUGACGUACACACUCUCUGACCUUUUGACUUGGUUGGCCUCCUCAAAAGUCGCCUUGUUGUUUACUCAAGUUGUUAAUUUGUUCGCUGAGAACGAACAGAAUAUGAAUUCAGUCGAAAGAAUGCUCGUUUACACCGAGCUCCCACCUGAGGGUGAUCAAACAAAGCCGAAUGACCCACCUCCUUCGUGGCCCUCCCAAGGAGGGAUUGAGUUCACUGAUGUGAACUUCGCCUAUCGAGAUGGCUUGCCUUUGGUCUUGCGAGAUGUAUGCUUCCAGGUGCGACCGGGUGAGAAAAUAGGGAUCGUUGGGCGAACAGGGUCCGGCAAGAGCUCGUUGCUCCAAGCCCUAUUCCGAUUGACGGAGCUACGUGCGGGUACAAUCGCCAUCGACGGUGUUGACAUUAGGAGUGUCGGCCUCGACGUACUCCGAAGUCGGAUGGCCCUUGUUCCCCAAGACAGUACGCUAUUCUUGGGUACUUUACGAGAAAACUUGGACCCGCAAAAGUCGCGGACAGAUGCAGAGUUGAUCUCUAUACUUCAGACCACUGGGCUGCUACCCCUUGCCGGCCAGCAGAAUCCAGAGUCAGAGAAGAAGUUUAGUCUGGACGCGGCCGUCGGGGAUGAAGGCCUGAAUUAUAGCGUAGGCGAGCGGCAACUUCUCUCCCUCUGUCGAGCACUAGUGAAGAAUAGCCGCAUCAUCGUUUUGGAUGAAGCCACAAGUAAUGUCGAUGUCGAGACUGACUCUCGUAUACAGCGAACAAUCCAAACCGAGUGGGCAUCCUCUACACUCAUUUGCAUCGCACAUCGUUUGAACACGAUUGCGUACUACGACCGCGUCUUGGUUAUGGAUUCAGGACGAAUGGUCGACUUCGAUACCGUUCUGAAUCUAUUCGAUAAGGAGGAGAGUAUAUUCCGUGCCCUUUGCGACGAAGCAUCGUUGAAUCGCGAGGACAUUCUCAAGAUUCGCGCCAGCGCGAGUGCCCAGUCGAAAGAUCUAUUGCUGUAA